CAGACACACAACUUGUUGCAUUGACAGAGCAUUUAGCCAUAAAAUUAGUGUUUUCUGUAUGCAGAUUGUUUCCAGCUUGGACCUGAAAAGAUGAACAAGGUGGUUUUGGUGACGGGAGCAAAUAGUGGCAUUGGCCUGGCCCUGUGUGAGCGCCUCCUCUCACAGGACACAGAGGGCCUGCAGCUGUGCCUGGCCUGCAGGAACAUGCGCAGGGCACAGGCUGCCCGCUUUGCCCUCCUCACUUCUCAUCCUGCAGCCCAGGUGGCCCUGCUGCAGAUGGACACCAGCAGCAUCUCCUCAGUCAUCACUGCUGCACAGGAGGUCAAACUCAGGUAUAACCGACUGGACUACCUCUACCUCAACGCAGGCAUCAUGCCAAACCCACAGUUUGAUGUAGAAGCCUUUUUCAAAGGCCUUUUCUCCAGCAAUGUCAUCACCAUGUUUGCCACUGGCGAAGGGAUUCUGCAGCAGAAGGACUGUGUCAACGCUGAUGGCCUGCGAGAAGUUUUCGCGACCAACCUCUUUGGUCACUUCCUACUAAUCAGGGAGCUGGAACCAGUUCUGUGCCAUGCAGGCCAGACCUCCCAGCUGAUCUGGACCUCCUCCAGUAAUGCUCACCGCUCAGCUUUUAACCUUGACGACAUACAGCACCAGAGAGGCACCCAACCUUACAGCUCCUCCAAAUAUGCCUCCGACCUCCUCAGCCUGGCGCUCAACACACACUUCAACAAGCAGGGUUUGUACUCAUCCGUCAUUUGUCCUGGUUUUGUGAUGACCAAUCUGACAUUCGGUAUCCUGCCCUCCUUCCCAGCCUUCCUCUGGAGCCUGCUCAUGCCUGUCUUUUGGCUUAUAAGACUGUUCACCAACACUUUCACCCUAACACCUUAUAACGGAGCUGAAGCUCUGUUUUGGCUAUUUAAGCAAAAGCCUGAAUUAUUGGACCCUCAAGCCAAGUACCACAGCUUAACAUCUGGGCUGGGCAACAACUACACACAACCACGUAAGAUGGAUAUCGAUUUGGAAACAUCAGAGGCUCUGUAUGAGAGGUUACUGCAACUAGAAAGUGAAGUGAGGGAGAAACUGAAGGAAAAACAAAAAGAAUCCCAGCAUGCUCACAGUCCUGCAGGACCUGGGUCAUCUUGAUGCAUAUCACACAAUUCUGAGAUGGAGAGUAUUUUAUUCCUGUCUCACAGGUCAGCUGGGAGCGGUGUGCACAUACUGGCUGUCAGACCUGUCAGACCCCAAAUAUAACACCCCCCUCCCUGCCUGACACAGCAACAUGCAAGCCUCAACUCACAGCACAAACAAAGCAAGUUACAGUGACUCUAUAAGCAUUUUAAGUUUGAUUUAGGCUACUGUUUCCAAAUGUCUGUAAUCAAAGAACCAUAAUGAUGUUGUGAUGGUUUGGAAAAGAGUUUCCAAUAAAACUGAGCUCUGUCCGUUUUUAUCCACUUAAUCCCACUUAUUUUCAGUCCAUUCACGUAGUAAAGUAUGAUAGGCUAUUACAUGAGGAGAACAACACAGUUUUGCAUGUAUGCUCUGAUGGUAGACCAGGUCACCAAGUGUCCAGCCUAUAGGGUCAAGGA